AUGGCGGCAUACGGUAUCACUAGUGUCUCGGCAACUCUGCCGCGUCUGAAGAGCUUUUUGGAUGACUUCCUGCCACGGGAGUCGCCAUUUUUCCCGCUUCUCGAGAAAUUUCUGUCAAGCGCCUCUACACCCUCCGAGUUCACUGAGUCUGAUACCGGAUUGCUAGUUGUUCAAAUACAGGAGGAGUGGGCUGUAUCAAGGGGCUUUCUCCAAAGAUUUGUCAUGCAGUUGAAGGAUGGCAUGUGCAGCGCCAACCUUACAGUCCCUUACAAUCUUGGGAUUAUGCAGGACAUGCAGGACAUGACAAGUCUUGUAGUUGAGCUCUUGGACGAUGUCCAAACCACAAUGGGGCACCAGGAAGUGUCUCCUUUAUCGAAGCCCAGCAAGACAAAAACAACUCAUCUCAUCGCCAAUCGCCGGUUCUCUGCAGUGUGCCGGUCAGGAAGCCGAAAGAGCCGCUGGUGAUUUUCCCAAAGCUUAUGGCAAUAACACUAUACCCUUGCCUCCCGACCAAAUGCUCGGGUAUCUGCCUCAUGUGCUCGAGGAGGGCGGGCUACAACUUCUCGUUCGGCCGAUUUGGCAUAUCACUGUCAUGACCAUGGCUCUAAGACCCGUACUAUAGCCACCGCCCCUUACUGUAUUUACCCAAGCGCUGCAGCUGGCCGAAAAGCUUGACUCGAGUGACAAAAACAUUUAAUCUUUUCUGCAUCCUUCGUUCUAUGAAAUAUGAACCUACCUUGGAACGUAGUUUGUCAUAGGCAUCGGGUGA